UCCGGGGUAAACAAGGAAGUCGUCAUCUGCUCUAGUAUUGUCAAGCACAGAGAAGAAAUAAUCGUUUUUCGUGUUGUAAUAGAAUGUCAUCAAUUGAAAAUGGGAAAUUGUCUAAGAAAAUGUCUAGGGCUUUAUGAUAAAAGACGGGGAUUUUUGCAGACAAGAUACUCUGUAGAAAAAGAUGCAUCAGUGGAGUUUCAAAACCUGAUGGAUGAGGAGGAGGUCCAGGAUGAAAUGACAAAGCUGGUUACAGAGAGAGAGAAGCAGCUAUUGUCUUCACGUCAGUACAAUACUCUACUCAGCGAACAGCAGCGGAGGGACGCGGAAAUUGACCGCAAGCUGAAGGAGGAUGAGGAGACGCUGCGGAGGGAGGAAGAGGCAUACAUUGAGGCCAAGCGGGAGGCCACCCAGAUUGCCCAUCUACAGCAGGAGAAGGAGCAUGCUGCUCACAUGGCCUCACAGAACGGGCCCACUGCUUGGCGGGCUGGACAGGACGGAGACUGGGAGGUUGCUGGAGGUGAUGAUGAUUUUGAGAUGUUUCUGGAAAGUGUAAGAGAACGAUCCAUGAAGGCCACAGCUCAACUCAGGAAAAGUGCAUCUCCAGAAGGUCGGAGCUCUAACAGUUCAACUCCAACAGGUCAGACACGGGAACGGUCCCACACAGAGGGGUCAAACUCCAUAGAACUGGAGUGGGACCAUGAUGAUGACACAGGUAUAAUUGCGAUGACAAAAGAGCGGUCAUCCACGGAGGAGGAUGUGACAAGCCAACAGGAAACAGAGGGGCCACGAGAGAGCCCCGCCGUAUCCAUAGACCUUGAGUGGGACACAGACACGGAAUUUACUGCUGCAGAUGAUAUUGAUACUCAAAACCUUAUACAGACAGGCAUCGGAGGUGCUUCCUAGAGAACUGGCAUAGUCCUGUUAUAUACAAAUAUGUUGUGGAAAUGAACAACGAACAUAAUGCUCUUGUGAUAUUUUCCAUCUUGUUUACAAACUCAUUCUAUUAAUUCCAUGAACUUGAAAUGUUUCUUAUUUGAAUCCCAAAUUAUAAUGGUGUGGGGCUAUGAUUGCGUACAGUCUCAAGUCUAGUUCAGACUCAAGUUGUUAAACUGCAAAUCUUCAUUUCUUGUAACUUUCCUUCUAGAUUAAGUAUUAAUGAUGAAAUAUGGUAAUUUUUCUAAUUUAAGAUUUCCCAGUAAUUAACACUUACUUUUGUAAAACAAAUGGAAUAAAGCUGAUUUUUUUGUGAUAUAAUAAAAGUGUUUUUCUCA